AUGAUUCCCGUGGUAUUGGGCGCCUCGAGAGAAGAUUACUGUGCUAUCGCGCCUCCGAACUCUUUCAUUCACGUGGACGAUUUUUCAUCCCCGGCUGAUUUGGCAGAAUAUCUACAUUGGCUUGAUAGGAAUGACACUGCCUACGCAUCGUACUUUGCUUGGAAGGCCUAUGGCAAAAUAUCGUUUAACAGACGGAACGAGUGUCGCCUUUGUGGUUUAUUGCAUCAGAAUCUCAAUCGACUGGAUGCUAUUCCCACAAAGGGCUUCGAUUACUUCGCCAACCCACAUAUACAGUGCAAAGUACUACCAGAAUUUGAAAAAGAAGUCAACAACUGA